AUGGGGUUCAAACAAUCCAUACCUAACAACUCCCUAUUCACCAAAGGUAAAGGACAUUCUUUUGUGGCCUUAUUAGUCUAUGUAGAUGAUAUAGUUGUUGCAAGUUCUGACUUGGAAAUUGUACAAGAAGUCAAACAACAGCUUAAUGCAAAUUUUCAAAUAAAGGAUUUAGGACCUUUAAAAUAUUUUCUUGGUCUAGAGGUGGCUAGGCAGAAAAAAGGCAUUGCAGUCUGUCAAAGAAAAUAUGCUCUUGAAUUACUUGAUGACACUGGAUUUACAAAUUCUAAACCUGUUCAUAGCCCUACAGUUCCCUCACACAAGCUAAGCAGAAAUGAGGGUGAACCCCUUGCAGACAACACUCAAUACAGGAGAAUAAUAGGAAGACUCCUAUACCUAACCAUUACUAGGCCUGACAUCAGCUUUGCCACACAGCAACUAUCUCAGUUUCUUGACAACCCUACACAUCUUCAUCUGCAAGCUGCUCAUAGGGUGUUAAGGUAUAUUAAAGCUGCUCCUGGACAAGGAUUAUUUUUUCCUUCUUCUUCUGAUCUGCAGUUAAAGGCCUUCUCAGAUUCAGAUUGGGGAGCUUGUGUUGACACAAGGAAAUCUGUUACUGGCUUUUGUAUUUUUCUGGGAAAUGCCUUGGUAUCAUGGAAAUCUAAGAAGCAGGCUACAGUUUCUAAGUCUUCAUCAGAAGCAGAAUAUAGAGCCCUAGCAGCCACAACCUGUGAAGUCCAGUGGUUAUCUUAUCUGUUAGAAGAUCUUGCAGUAAAUCAUGCUAGUCCAGCAACCAUAUAUUGUGACAGCAAGUCUGCCAUUGCAAUUGCAGAGAACCCGGUGUUUCAUGAACGUACCAAACACAUAGAGUUGGAUUGCCACCUUGUCAGGGAGAAGUUAAGCAAAGGCAUCAUCAAGCUGCUCCAUGUUGGAUCUGCAAACCAGUUAGCAGAUACAUUUACCAAAGCACACUGUCCUAGUUCCUUCCAUACUUACACAUCCAAGCUUGGAUUGAUAAAUUUAUACAAUCCAGCUUGCGGGGGGAUUUCAGGACAGUAG